CAACCCAACUCUCUCCAGCCUUCACCUGUCUCUCUGCCCGCGCCGUCUCUCUCUCCCUCGCCUCUUUCCGCAACCAGCACCCUCUAGGGCACAGCACCACAGCACCACACGCCGCCGCCGCCGCUCGCCAUGUCUGACUCCGACGAAUACGUGGACCUGCCGGUCUCGGACGAGGAAGAGGAUGAGUGGGAGGAUGGAGACGAAGCUGAGGAGGAGGAGGUGCAGGGAAGCUCUAAGAAGAAGGCCAAGCAGCACGUCGACCAACUCAAGAGGCUGCAGGAAAAGGAUCCCGAGUUCUUUAAAUAUUUGGAAGAGUGUGAUAAAGAGCUCUUGGAAUUCAAUGAUGAUGGCAUCGCUGAUGAUCAAGAAAGUGACGAGGAACCUAAAUCUGUCCCUAAGGAGGAGCCAAAAGAAAGUGUUAAACCAAUUACGAUGGAAAUGGUUGAUUCCUGGUGCAAAGGGGCCGAAGAUGGGAAGAUAGGAUCUAUCAGGUCUAUUCUUCAAGCCUUCAGGAGAGCUUGCCAUUAUGGCGAGGACAGUGGGGACAAUUCAGCACCAAAAUUCAGUGUCAUGUCCGGUAGUGUACUCGACAAAGUCAUGCACUACGUUUUGAAGAACAUGGAUAGCAUCCUUCGCCAAUUACUCGGUGCCCCUAGCUCUGGAGGGAAGAAAGAGAAAAUCAGUGAGCUGAUGAUGACUAAUUCAUGGAAGAGGAAUGGCAAUCUAAUGAGGGUGUAUCUUGUCAAUGCAUUCCAUAUGAUAACCGAGAUGACUGAUGACCAAAUGAUCGCAUUUACUAUUCUCCGUGUCAGAGCAUCAGCUGUUUUUCUGGCAGCCUUCCCUUCUCUCCUUAGGAAGUAUGUUAAGACCCUGUUGUAUACCUGGGCUAGAGGUCGAGGUGCCAUGCCCUUUAUUUCGUUUUUGUUCCUCCGAGACUUGUGUGUUCAAGUAGGUCCGGAUUGCCUUGACACAUGCCUCAAGGGUAUCUACAAGGCUUAUUUGGUGAACUGCAAGUUGUCCAAGUCUAUCAGCGGAUCGAAACUGCAGCACAUUCAAUUUCUUGGGAAUUGUGUCAAAGAAUUGUAUACCGUGGACCCUCAAAGUGCUUAUCAACAUGCUUUUGUUUUCAUUCGUCAGUUGGCAGUUAUCCUAAGAGGUGCUCUUACCGAAAGAGGACCAAAGACAUCAAAGGACAAAAAGCAGAAAGAAAGAAACAAACCAACGAACAAACAGCUGGAGAAAUCCUACCAAAAAGUUUAUGAUUGGCAAUUUAUAUUCUGCCUUGAGCUUUGGACAGGUGUUGUGUGUGGAUGUAGUUCUGAGGAAGAUUUCCGGCCUUUGGCCUAUCCGUUAACCCAGAUAAUACACGGUGUAGCAUGUCUUGUACCGAGUGCACGCUACUUCCCUGUACGCAUUAGAUGUGUAAAGAUGCUUAAUUGCAUUGCCGAAGCCACCGGUACCUUUAUUCCGGUGUCCUCUCUGUUGCUUGAUAUGCUAGAAAUGAAAGAACUUAGAGGCCGUCCAGAUGGUGGUGUUGGCAAAGCAGUGAAUAUGUUCAAUGUUAAACAGGUAGAUAAGAAAAUGGUGAAGACACGUGCCUUUCAGGAAGCUUGCAUUUACUCUGUGGUUGAUGAGCUGGCUAAGCAUUUGGCGCAGUGGAGCUACUCUGUUGCCUUCAUCGAGAUGUCCUUUUUGCCACUUGUUCAACUUCGGAACUUUUGCAAAACCAUCAAGGCUGACAGAUUUCGAAAAGAGAUGAAGGAUCUUAUUCGUCAGGUAGAGGCAAAUGUUGAGUUCAUAAGCGCAAAGCGUGCCGGAAUUACAUUCCCCCCCAAUGAUCCAGCUGUAGAUUCAUUUCUACAGGCUGAGAAGGAAGUACGGUCAAGCCCUCUCUCAGAAUAUGUUGCUACUCUACAUCAGAGAGCACAGAACAGAAUCGAUUCUUUGGAUGAGACAAGUGUUAUCGUGGGUGCAGAGUCCUCUACCUUUUCGAAGAGGCUAUCAGAGGCACAGAAGCAACAGGAGGAACAUGAUGAUAGUGAAGAACCCAUUGCUUUCAGUAAGAACUUGUUGGCGGAGAAGAAGAAAACAAAAGCUGCAAAGGAGAAGAGCAAGAAACGAGCCCGUGACGACGAUGAUGUGCCUGCGGAGGAGGAUGUGGUUGAGGAUUUGGUCUUGAGUUCAGAUGAGGAAGCGGAAGAUGAGAACGAUGGCCUCGGGUCAGACGAGGAUGGCUCCGCGCCCGUUGAAGAUGACAGCGAUGAAGACUUUGUGGACCCAGACAGCGCGUGGAAGAAACAGAAGGAGAAGCUGAAGAAGCGGAGCAAGUACCAACCGUCGAACAAGGCAUCCUCCAAAACCAAAAGGAAACCCCACCCUAAGAAGAAAGCAAAGCAUUAAUCAACGUAGAGCUAGGGCUCGGCAAAGACUGUUGACGAAGUGCUAUGCUUCCAGUCAUGAGAAACACCUGCCUGUCACGGGAAAUUUUGUUUAAGUUGAGAAUUACACAGCUUCCUUUGUCAUCUCCAUGCAUUUAUAUCGAGGUUAUUCAUAUUCUGCUCA